AUGUAUACCAUCGUCCUGGUCAUACUAUUCUUCGUAGUCUUCAUCCUUUACAAGCGAUACAAGGAGAAGGCACCAUCUGGAACAAAAGUCGCGCCUGGACCUGCGGGUCUUCCAAUCCUUGGAAACGCACAUCAAUUGGGCCAACAACCACAUCAGCAAAUUACCGCUUGGGCCCGCGAGUAUGGCGAAGUCUAUAAGAUCCGUUUGGGAUGGAACGACUGGUAUAUGAUAUGCUCGCCGGAUGCGUGUAAAGAGAUUCUAGACAAGCAGUCAGCGCAUACAAGCUCUCGAGCACCAUUACCGGUAUCCGGGGAUGCACUAGGCGGCGGAAUGAGGUUCCUGUUCAUGGAGUAUGGUCCAGAAUGGAGGAAGCUAAGAGGCAUCAGCCAUAAGCUGUUGACACCAGCUGUAAGCGCGACGUUUAAACCAAGUCAGGAGUUCGAGGCGAAGAUGUUGCUUGAAGAAAUAUUGAAGGGCGCGGACCCAGGGAAAGGAAAUGAAGACUGCGAUGAAGUUCACGGCAUCUACGAUAUCAUGAACGAUUUCUCUACAAUGGCAAAACCAGGUACCUACUUGGCAGACACGCUUCCGUUCCUCGGUAACCUUCCACCACGACUACAAUGGUGGCGUAAAGGGGUCAAACCAUAUUUUGAUAAGCAAGCGAAUCUAUGGAUGUCCUUUUGGAGUACUCUUAAAACUCAGAUGGAGACCAAACAAGCCCCAGAAUGUUUUGUAAAGCAAUUCAUCGAGAGCGACUAUGAAAAGCAGGGUAUCAGUGAGUUACAGGCAGCAUUCUUGGCUGGCAGCAUGAUCGAAGCUGGAAGCGAGACGACGUCGGCGGCGCUCAAUACGGCUGUUCUGUACCUCAGCGCAAACCCACUUGCACGACAAAGAGCAGUCGAGGAAAUAAGAGGAAUUACCUCGUCCUCUCGAUCCCCGACGUUCGAGGAUGAGUCAAGACUUCCGUACAUCCGCGCCAUCGUCAAGGAAACCCUACGUCUGCGCCCCGUCACAAACAUCGGUACGCCACACUAUACUACCGCGCCCAUAGCCUACAAAGGCAUCCACAUACCUGCCAAGUCAGUCGUGUGUCUUCAACAAUACCCGAUUCACUACAAUCCAGAUCAUUUCGAGGAUCCCCAACGUUUCAAUCCGGAGAGAUACAUCAAUUACCCUCAUGGCAGCGGACACUACGCAGCUGGCCCAGCUGCGAGCCGCGAUCACUGGGCUUUUGGUGCGGGCCGCAGAAUUUGCUCGGGUGUGCAUCUAGCUGAGAACAGUAUGUUCAUCGUAUUGGCGAAGCUGCUAUGGGCUUUCGACAUUUUGCCGCCGCUUAAUCAACAGGGGAAUGAUCUGCAGGUAGAUACUAGCGAUGGAGCGUUUGACGCUGUCGGAAGCACUACGAUGGCGAAGCCGUACCGGGUGAGAUGGAAGGUGCGAAGUAAGGACAUUGAAGACACGAUCAUAAGAGAGGCAGUCGAAGCUAAGAGAAACGGCUAUGUUCUAAGAGGCGUGCGUGUUGGUGAGGAAGGUGUUGAGUAUUAA